AUGAUUACAUUUAAGGAUGACUUUGGACUUCUUCGAGUAAGAACCAAACUAAUUUUAAGUGACGAAGACGAAAACUUUAAGUGUCCUAUUCUAUUGCCAGGGAACCAUGCACUAGUUCAUCGCCUAAUAGAACAGAAACAUCGGCGACUGCAGCAUGCAGGUACAGGGACCUUGAUCUGCAACUUGCGAGAAGAUUAUUGGAUUGUCGGUGUGAGACGUCUUGUGAAGAGAAUUUGUUCAAAGUGUGUUAUUUGUAAAAGAUUCAAAGGCAAAUCUGUUCAACCACCAGUUGCACCCUUACCAAAGGACCGCAUUAAAUAUGCUGGAGCUUUUGAGGUCACUGGCAUCGAUUUGGCUGGCCCAUUGUAUGUAUUGUCUGGCGAAAAAGCAUGGAUUGUGAUUUUUACUUGUGCGAUCUAUCGUGCUGUGCACUUUGAAUUGACGAAAUCUUUAUCAGCAGAUUCAUUUAUAAUGGCACUCCGAAGAUUCAUUGCAAGAAGGGGUAGAAUAAGCAUCUUAUAUACUGACAAUGGUACCAACUUUGUAGGAACGAAUAAUGCACUAAACGAACUUGAUUGGGAAAAAAUAAAAAAUAACGGAUGGAGUUCUCAACAAUUGAGAAGAUUAAAUGGAAGUUUAAUCCUCCAACCGCUGCCUGGUGGGGAGGAUUUUGGGAGAGGUUGGUACGGAUGGUAA